ACCCCAAAAUUUCCAUCCUAUUUAGCGUCGCACUUUUCAACUCCCCCUCUCUCUCUCGUCUCUCUCCGGCAAUUCGUCGAACGGUCGAGGAGGAGAAGUAGGGAUUCAGACAGACAGAGAUGUCACUGCGUCCGGGUAGCAGGACCGAGGCCCGGAAGAAGGGCUACAAGAUAGGCGUCGAUGGGGAGGAGGCGCGGCGGCGGAGGGAGGACAAUUUGGUUGAGAUCAGGAAGAACAAGCGCGAGGACAAUCUGCUGAAGAAGCGGCGCGAGGGUAUUCUCAAUGGAUUUCCGCAGCAGUCGCAGCACUUCCCUCCCGAUCCAGCUCAAUCACCUGCCGCCAUUGAGAAAAAGUUAGAGAGUAUCCCUUCAAUGGUGCAAGGUGUAUGGUCCAAUGAUCCUAAUGCACAAGUGGAGGCAACCACUCAAUUUAGAAAGCUUUUAUCAAUUGAACGAAGCCCACCAAUUGAUGAAGUGAUUAAAGCUGGAGUAAUUCCUCGAUUUGUUGAGUUCCUUGGAAGGCAAGAUCUGCCUCAACUGCAAUUUGAAGCUGCAUGGGCUUUGACAAAUGUUGCUUCUGGGACAUCUGAGCAUACUAGAGUUGUAAUUGAACAUGGUGCUGUUCCGAUGUUUGUGCAACUGCUUAGUUCUGCCAGUGAUGAUGUUCGUGAGCAGGCUGUUUGGGCUCUUGGUAAUGUUGCUGGUGACUCUCCAAGUUGUAGGGACCUUGUCCUUGGAAACGGUGCCCUUAUACCACUUCUAGCUCAGUUGAAUGACAAAUCAAAGCUGUCGAUGCUGAGAAAUGCUACAUGGACUUUGUCUAAUUUCUGUCGUGGGAAGCCACCUACUCCCUUUGAGCAGGUGAGGUCUGCAUUGCCUGUUCUUCGGCAGCUUAUCCAUUUGAAUGAUGAGGAGGUGCUGACUGAUGCUUGCUGGGCGCUUUCUUAUCUUUCUGAUGGAACAAAUGACAAAAUCCAAGCUGUGAUUGAGGCAGGUGUCUGCCAACGACUUGUGGAACUGCUUCUCCACCCGUCACCUAGCGUUCUUGUACCUGCUCUUCGCACAGUAGGGAACAUUGUCACUGGUGAUGAUGCUCAGACACAGUUUGUAAUUGACAACCGUGCGCUCCCUUGCCUCCAACAACUUCUUACUGGGAAUUACAAGAAAAGUAUUAAAAAGGAAGCUUGUUGGACAAUCUCCAACAUAACUGCUGGAAAUAGAGCUCAAAUCCAGGCUGUCAUUCAGGCAGAAAUCUUUCAUCCUUUGGUGCAACUUCUUCAACACGCCGAGUUUGAUAUAAAGAAAGAGGCUGCAUGGGCCAUCUCGAAUGCCACAUCAGGUGGAUCACCUGAGCAGAUCAGAUUCUUGGCGACUCAAGGCUGCAUUAAGCCGUUAUGCGACCUCCUAAUCUGUCCAGACCCGAGAAUCGUUACUGUAUGUCUAGAGGGACUUGAAAACAUUCUGAAAGUCGGCGAAGCAGACAAAGAAAACGGGUUGAACAAUGGAAUCAACAUAUAUGCACAGAUGAUAGAUGACUGUGAAGGCCUGGACAAAAUAGAAAAUCUCCAAAGCCACGACAACAACGAAAUAUACGAGAAGGCUGUGAAGAUACUCGAAAAAUACUGGGUGGAGGAAGAUGAGGACCAGAAUCUCCCAGAUGGCAGCGACGGAAAUCCACACGGUUUCAGCUUCGGAAACACCCAACCGAACGUCCCUGCUGGCGGCUUCAACUUCGGUUGAUUGCCAGAUCCUGGUUUUUUUCGAGCUUUAAACUCGGUUCGCAAUGCCUGUUUGUGUCUUUGUCUUGUUGUUAUGUUUCUUUUGUUUCAACUGUCAUAGUUUUGUUGUUCUUUUCUUUGUUUUUUUAAAAAGAAUAGGCUCUAUUUGUGUGUGAAGUGGUGGGGAUGAAUUUGCAUGCCGCAGAUUCAUUUGUGUUUGUCUGUCUGUCAGUCAUGUUGUGUUCGAUACAUGGAAUUGUUGUCUCUUGUGUUAUUGCUAUAUGUAUUUAGGUUGUAGAGUCUUACACUCAAUGGAUUCAUUUUUUAUUUCUAAGUUCAUUUUAUCUUGUUUUA